CGCCUCUCUCACUAGUUUGAGCCGCAGUGCGAUCCGUACACCGGGCCGGAAAUGAUGAACCGGAAGUGCUGGGAGCUGCACAUUGACAGGCUGCGGGUGAGACUGAGAUAAGCGGCCGAGAGCCGGGGGCCACAAACCGGGGGAGUCACAGGGGCCCCCCGACCGCACUGUGCACCCAGCCUGGGGGGGCCUGACCGGGGCCGUAAUAACUCUCUGACCGGGGCCGUAAUAACACCCUGACCGGGGCCGUAAUAACUCCGUGACCGGGGCCGUAAUAACUCCCUGACCGGGGCCGUAAUAACUCUCUGACCGGGGCCGUAAUAACUCCCUGACCGGGGCCGUAAUAACUCCUGACCGGGGCCGUAUUAACUCUCUGACAGGGCCGUAAUAACUCCCCUGACCAGGUGUAAUAAGCUGUGGCCCAGGGCCGUAAUAACUCCACAACCGGGGCCGCCAAUAACUCUCUGACCGGGGCCGUAAUAACUCCGUGACCGGGGCCAUGUACUCCCGUGACCGGGGCCGUAAUGCUCCCUGAGCCGGGGCCGUAAUAACUCUCCUGACCGAGGCCCGUAAUAACUCCGGCCGGGGCCGUAAUAACUCCCUGACCGGGGCCGUAAUAACUCCCUGACCGGGCCCGUAAUAACUCCCUGACCGGGGCCGUAAUAACUCCCUGACCGGGGCCGUAAUAACUCCCUGACCGGGGCCGUAAUAACUCCCUGACCGGGGCCGUAAUAACUCCCUGACCGGGGCCGUAAUAACUCCGUGACCGGGGCCGUAAUAACUCCGUGACCGGGGCCGUAAUAACUCCGUGACCGGGGCCGUAAUAACUCCGUGACCGGGGCCGUAAUAACUCCGUGACCGGGGCCGUAAUAACUCCCUGACCGGGGCCGUAAUAACUCCCUGACCGGGGCCGUAAUAACUCUCUGACCGGGGCCGUAAUAACUCCCUGACCGGGGCCGUAAUAACUCCCUGACCGGGGCCGUAAUAACUCUCUGACCGGGGCCGUAAUAACUCUCUGACCGGGGCCGUAAUAACUCCCUGACCGGGGCCGUAAUAACUCCCUGACCGGGGCCGUAAUAACUCUCGGCCAGGGCCGUAAUAACUCUCUGACCGGGGCCAUGUAAUAACUCUCUGACAGAGGCCCAUGUAACUCCCUGACCGGGGCCAUGUAACUCCGUGACGGGGCCAAUAAUAACUCCGCUGACCGGGGCCGUAAUAACUCCCUGACCGGGGCCGUAAUAACUCCCUGACCGGGGCCGUAAUAACUCCCUGACCGGGGCCGUAAUAACUCCCUGACCGGGGCCGUAAUAACUCCGUGACCGGGGCCGUAAUAACUCCGUGACCGGGGCCGUAAUAACUCCCUGACCGGGGCCGUAAUAACUCCCUGACCGGGGCCGUAAUAACUCCCUGACCGGGGCCGUAAUAACACCCUGACCGGGGCCGUAAUAACACCCUGACCGGGGCCGUAAUAACUCCCUGACCGGGGCCGUAAUAACUCUCUGACCGGGGCCGUAAUAACUCCCUGACCGGGGCCGUAAUAACUCCCUGACCGGGGCCGUAAUAACUCCCUGACCGGGGCCGUAAUAACUCCCUGACCGGGGCCGUAAUAACUCCCUGACCGGGGCCGUAAUAACUCCCUGACCGGGGCCGUAAUAACUCCCUGACCGGGGCCGUAAUAACGCCCUGACCGGGGCCGUAAUAACUCCCUGACCGGGGCCGUAAUAACUCCCUGACCGGGGCCGUAAUAACUCCGUGACCGGGGCCGUAAUAACUCUGUGACCGGGGCCGUAAUAACUCCGUGACCGGGGCCGUAAUAGCACUCCUGACCGGGGCGUAUGCUCCGUGACCGGGGCCAUGAAACCAGCCUCCCCUGACCAGGGCCGCCCAAUAACUCUCUGACCGGGGCCAUGUGCUCUGACCAGGGCCGUAUGCUCGGCCAGGGCCGUAACUAACUCUCGGCCAGAGGCCGUAAUAACUCUCUGACCGGGGCCGUACCCAAUAACUCCUGACCGGGGCCGUAAUAACUCCCUGACCGGGGCCGUAAUAACUCCGUGACCGGGGCCGUAAUAACUCCGUGACCGGGGCCGUAAUAACUCCGUGACCGGGGCCGUAAUAACUCCGUGACCGGGGCCGUAAUAACUCCGUGACCGGGGCCGUAAUAACUCUCUGACCGGGGCCGUAAUAACUCUCUGACCGGGGCCGUAAUAACUCUCUGACCGGGGCCGUAAUAACUCUCUGACCGGGGCCGUAAUAACUCCCUGACCGGGGCCGUAAUAACUCCCUGACCGGGGCCGUAAUAACUCCCUGACCGGGGCCGUAAUAACUCCCUGACCGGGGCCGUAAUAACUCCCUGACCGGGGCCGUAAUAACUCCGUGACCGGGGCCGUAAUAACUCCGUGACCGGGGCCGUAAUAACUCCGUGACCGGGGCCGUAAUAACUCCGUGACCGGGGCCGUAAUAACUCCGUGACCGGGGCCGUAAUAACUCCCUGACCGGGGCCGUAAUAACUCCCUGACCGGGGCCGUAAUAACUCCCUGACCGGGGCCGUAAUAACACCCUGACCGGGGCCGUAAUAACACCCUGACCGGGGCCGUAAUAACUCCCUGACCGGGGCCGUAAUAACUCUCUGACCGGGGCCGUAAUAACUCCCUGACCGGGGCCGUAAUAACUCCGUGACCGGGGCCGUAAUAACUCCGUGACCGGGGCCGUAAUAACUCCCUGACCGGGGCCGUAAUAACUCCCUGACCGGGGCCGUAAUGCUUUCGGCCACAUGUGGCGCCAUCUGCUGGAUGCUUGCAGGGAAAUCUCCCUCCCAUAUUACAGCUCUGGCAUGCUGUCCCUUCAGGUGCUGGCCAGGUGGCAAUUCCAACACCAGUCACAGUCGGCAGGUAGACCUUGUCUCUCUCUCUCUCCCCUCUGCAGGCUCAGAAUCACCGUGGCUCAGCUGCAGCUCACUUUGAGCUCUGCAUACAGCUCGUCUGUCAGACUGGGGUCUGUUAAUAUUGCCCUAGCUGACAGAGGGGAUCCCCAUGUCUAUGGAUGUAACCCCGCUCACACUAAAAUGUUACAACGUUCCAUGCCAUUCUAACGUAGAUCUAGUGCACUUUGUUAAAAAGAUGAGUGUCCUAACCUCCUCCUCCUCCUCAUUAUUAUAGUCCCUGCCUUUUACAGAGUUAGUCAAUCCUAUAUUUGAAUUACACACAAAAAUAUAUUUUAUAGGAUCCUAUUCUAGUAAUACUAACAAUUAAAAUAUGCAUUUUUUGUGUGUGAAGUUAUUCUUGUAAUGGUUUUCUAGAUUUGCAAUCUGUGUGAGUAGUGACUCAUUUUGCAUGUUUAUGAGGCCCCAAUGUCUUAUUCAUUGAAAUAUCAAUACUUUAAAUAUUGAAUAAUUCUUGUUUUUUGUAGUAGAAAUUCCCAAGAUGAAAUGAAGUGUGCUUGGGAAGCAGAUUGCAAUUUAUUGUGGAAUGCUUAUAAAACCAUGUGUAUUUCAUUACCGUAUCGAAUAAAAUUUACCUAAAACAGACCUACACUGCUCACCCUUUUGGCAAUAUAGCAAUCGAACCUCCAUUCACGACGGUUGGUGUUAUUCGUUUUAUAUUAGCUCUGGUCUUUACCCUGCACUGUUGCAUAAAUAUUCUGUAGCUCUAGAGAUGUAAUUCACAAAAACUGAUUUGUAGCAAAUUGAAAUGGUGUUCUGUGCAGUUCACGGUUUAAACUUGUCAUACGAAGUGACGAGGUACACGUUCUAGAGCCAGAACUACAGGAAUUAAUUCAUUUCAAUCAAUAAUUGAGUUGGGAAGUUCAGUUUUAUGAUGGUUAUGGUGGAAAUAGAACUGUGUAAGCCUGGGUUUUGACGGUCUUGCAGUUGUUGCAUUAACCAACUGAGCUGUUGCACUAAUAAUAAUUCCAGUUGGACUAAAUAAAUUGCCUAAAUGGUAUUAUCAUGUAAGUUUUGCAUCUGUGGACAUAUUACUGGGAGACAUAGUAUGGUAAAGUCAAUAAUAGCUGAAUAAAAUGUCAGUUCCGACUGGUUUAACCAUUAGAAUCUAAAACACAUGUGAAUGUCCUGCUCCAUGCAAGGACCCAGCACCUUUAAGUUCAUGUGCCUUUAUCGUCCUCCAGGCUACUACAUCCACAUUGCACAUUACUAGCCCAUUCAGUAGGUUAGCUCAGUGCUUUCUGUCUUUCAUUGUUCUCAGCUAAUGCUGAUGUUUCCUUAUGAAUAAGCUUAAGCAGUUGGGGCAGGCUGUAUUCACCAAUCAAAUGGUUUGGCACAAAUUGGGGAAAUGGCUCUAAAAUACGGUUUGCACCAAAACUUGUACAGUGCACUGCAGUGGUUAUGGUGCUUGUAGACCUGCACACAAAUUCUAGUCCCUAAAAGAAUCACCUGUGCUGAAUCAGAAAUCUUUUAAUCCACACCCGCACAAGCAAUGCUUUUAGAAAAUAAAUUAUUUGCUGGACUAAUUAAUUAAUUUGGGUAUAGACUAAUAGGAGUCUGAUUUGGACAAAUUGAUUUAAUUUGGGUAUAGACUAAUAGGAGUCUGAUUUGGAGGAAUUGAUUAAUUUGGGUAUAGACUAAUAGAAGUCUGAUUUGGACGAAUCGAUUUGGUUAUGGACGAAACAAAUUUUUGCACAUGAUUUUGUGUGUUGACGGCUCACGGUCAGAAUACUCCGCCAAUCAAUGUGUUGCUCAACCCACUGGCUCUGGGAUCUGUCUGCUUGGUGCUCUAUGCAUUAUUAAUGAUAUGAGGGGAGGCCUUGAUGUUAAUCGUAUAUUGCUGAUUACCCCAAUGCUUCAGCAUAUUGAUAAAUGGAGAAGAACCACGAGAUAGGUGUAAAACAUGGCCUGUUAAAGAAGCUUGCUUAUUAAACCAUGUUUGUUUUCUGUCCUAGCCCAUGCAAAUCUUAUAAGUCAUUCACUGAAUACCGCGUUCUACUCAUUGUGACAAGAUGGCGGUGGAGUUGCAAGCUGUGGUAAUGGCUGUUGGUGGUGGUUCUCGAAUGGUGGAGCUUACCACUGGUAUCCCAAAGCCCUUUCUCCCUGUGGGCAACAAACCUCUCCUAUGGUAUCCACUGAACUUGCUGGAGCGUGCUGGUUUUGAAGGUAAAUUAUUUUGGGUUAAUACUUGCGACAAACCUUGUUGGGGUUAUACUCUGUACCAUAUUGAACAUUCAAUUUAGAGCAGGGACGGGGAAUCUUGGCAUUCAUGAUAUUUGUAAAACGUCUGCCUGAAUAUCAUGAGAAUUAUGCUCCUCAAACCCAGGGCUGCCACCAGAAAUUUUGGGGCCCCUAACUCAGCUCAGGGUCUGGGCCCCCUGGGGCCCGCCUCCAAAUACCGCCCACAGGAAUAUACACACACAGACACAAACACACACACUGAUACAAAAAGAGAUACAUACUAACAGACACACAUACUGAAACAGACAUACACGCAUACAGGCAUACAUACUGAGACAUACACACAGGCAUGCAUAGUGACAGACAGACACAUACUAACAUACAUACAGACACACAUGCAUGAGGACAUAAAGACAUACAGACACUGACAUACAUACAUACAUACACACACACAGACAUACUGACAGACAUACAGACACUGUCAUCCAUACACACAUACAUUCAUAAUGGCAUACAGACAUACAUACAUACAUUCAGACUGACAUAAAUGCAUAUAUACACAGACAUACUAACAGGCACACAUACUGAAACAGACAUACACGCAUACAGGCAUACAUACUGAGACAUACACACAGGCAUACAUAGUGACAGACAGACAUAUACUAACAUACAUACAGACACACAUGCAUGAGGACAUAAAGACAUACAGACACCGACAUACAUACAUACACACACACACACACACAGACAUACUGACAGACAUACAGACACUGUCAUCCAUACACACAUACAUUCAUAAUGGCAUACAGACAUAAACAGACAUACAUUCAUAAUGGCAUACAUACAUACAUUCAGACUGACAUAAAUGCAUAUAUACAGACAUACUGACAGACAUACAUGCAUACAGACAUCCAUACACACAUACACACAGACAUACGUUCAUCAUGAUAUGCAGGCAUACAUUCAUACUGACAUACAGACAUACACACACACACACACACAUAUAUAUAUAUAUACACAUACACAUACACAUACAUAGACAGACAGACAGACAGGCAUACACACAGACAUACACAUACAUACAUGCAUACAGUCAGACAGACAAACAUAGACAGACACACACAGACACACACAGACAUACAUAGACAUACAUGCAUACAGACAGACAUACAGAGACAGACAUACAUACAUAGACAUACAUGCAUGCAUACAGACAGACAUGCAUACACACAAAGCUCAUUUUCCAGCCACCCUCCUGCCUCUUACCUUUUCUUUGCAGGAGGGUGGCUGGGGAUGAUGGGAGUCGGCGCAGCUCCCUCUUCACCGGUGCGCGCGCUCCUCCCGCGCGGAGUGGGCUGGGAGGUAGUGACUACUUCCUCCCAGCAGCACUUGCGGCUUUUUUUUUAAAGGGGCCGGUCGGCGGCCACAGCGCUGACCGGGCCCCUGAAGAUAUGGGGGCCAUCGGGUGGCCCUAAGUGUGUGGGCCACCCGAUGGGCCCCGGGCGGCCGGGCCCGUGACAACCGUUAUGGUUGUCACCCCCUGAUGGCGGCCCUGCUCAAACCAGCUUUGCUGUCCUGGUGUUUGUCUGAAGCGAGAUCUGUGAAACCAAAGGCCCAAAUUUUCUUAUAUGUCUCAGACUAUCAGCCUGUGUGUCCAUAGACAUAUAUAUUACCGUAUUUUUCGCUCCAUAAGACGCACCUCACCAUAAGACGCACCUAGUUUUUAGAGGAGGAAACACAGAAAAAAAAAAUAUUCUGAACAAACUGUUCCAUAGUGUUUCUUACUAUGGGACAGUUUGUUCAGAAUAUUUUUUUUUCUCCCCUGUCCCAUAAUGAUCUUUAACCCCCCUUUCUUCUGUCCCAUAGUGAUUGUUAACCCCUCCUCCCUGUCCCAUAGUGUUCUUUAACCCCUCCUACCCUUGUCCAUUAGUGUUCUGAUCCCAUAGUGUCCCCCCCUCCCAUUGUUCCAUAGUGCACUUUCCCUCCCAUAGUGUCCCCCUCCCCUUCUCCCAUAGUGUCUCCCCCUCCCCUUCUCCCAUAGUGUCUCCCCCUCCCCUUCUCCCAUAGUGUCUUCCCCUCCCCUUCUCCCACAGUGUCCUCCUCCCCUUCUCCCAUAGUGAGUGGUUACCGAAGCCAGCUGUAACAUCUCCGUUUAGCUCAGUGUUUUAUCCUACCGAGGCCAAUGAUAUGAGUUUUAUAUGUGGGUAAUAAUACUUGGAGACCCCAAGGCGUAUUCAGGAAAUAGUAACAAAUGUAUCUUUCCUUCCUAAAUACUUUGAUAUUACCCCAAUAGUUUUCAUCAAGUUUCCUAUAGGGAAAGCAUUAGGUUCCCCCAUUGGAUGAUGUUGGAGGAGGUGGAUCACAACCCAUCGGCGAUGGAGUCGGUUGAGUAAAUUUUUUAUUUUUAUUUUUAAACCCUUUACUUACUACGGGGGGAAGGCCACAAUGGAGUGGGGGAACCAGGUGGCAUUGUAGUGUAAGGAACAUAGAUUUGUAUUCCUAACACUAAACAAUCCCUUUAAUCUUGCAGACGAGUUUCUUCUUGAUUAGUCUGUUUCGGCCUGGUCUUUUUCACUAAGUGGCACACGAGUGGAAGCGCUGGCUCUUGAACCUAGUAUAGAAGGGGCAAUGAAGGUGUCAUAUAUACUUUACCAGAUUUUCCGCUUUGAUUUCUGCUUAGGAGCUGGUAGAAAAAUAAAUCGAUUCUCAGUGGAAAUUAAUAAAGUAGAUAAUGUGCUAGAUUUAAUGUGCUUGAAGCGGACCUUGCCACUCACAUAUUUUUCAGUAAUCCGUAUUAAUUGAUCACAUUACUAUAGAUGCACUAAGAAUUGGUUUAUGUUUGAUUCUACCUACUUAGAGCGAUGUUUUGGUCAUCAGCUGUGACCUUAUAACGGAGGUGGCACUCCAUGAAGUUGUUGACUUGUUUCGCGCACACAACGCCACUCUCUCCAUGCUCAUGCAGAAAGCGCCCAAGUCCAGUGAAAACAUACCGGGUCAGAAAGGAAAGCAGAAGGCAGGUGAGAAGAACUGGGCCAGGUCAGGCUGGUGAAAAACAUUUUUUUUUAAUCUUUUAAAGGAACUCUCUUCCGUCAAAACCACUUCAUCUCAGUGAAUAUGUUUUACGAGCAGGAGUUCCUGGGCAUUGACUUACCUUAAGGUGUUAUAUCACCUACGUUGCUGUCCGGGCACAUGUUCACACUAAUUUCACCCCUCUCUGCUCGGCCAUUGUACUGAGAUAGGAAGCAUUGAGCUCUGGUGAUUGGAUGAGAACAUCAGCCUGUCACUGGCCAUUGCAUGUACAUGUCUGUACUGUACUUGCAAUGAGCGUGUCAGCUAGCACUCUGUCAAUCAUUGCUUUCAAUCUUGGCUCAGUAUGACAGCUGGGCACCCGAGGUGAACUUUGGGUGUUAAAACAUAAAAAAAAUGAUGGCGCCCUCAAAACAACAUUUUUAUGAAGUUUUACUGAAGGCAGAAAGUCCAUUUUAAGGCAUGAGGUUAAUUUGAUAUUUGCCAUUGCUCUUCUUGCGUAAUUAUUUGAUAUCCUGGCAUUUACCUUAGUAAAUAAGCAUCAUAACCACUACAGCUCUUUACAUGAUGUGAGGAGGUUCUGUUUCCCAGUAAUACGGCAAUCCAUUUUAUCCCCACAGUUUAUCUGGGCUCCUUCCAGCUCUGGUGGCCUACAUACAGCUUCUGCGGAUCCUGCCGGCCAUCCAUUGGCUGAGAACAUCAGCUGACUGUUUUCAGCCAAUGAAGAACAUUCUUUGCAUGUAUGCACAGCUGUAUAUACAGAAUUGCUUUAGUCAUCCCAGAACUAGAGUUCCAGGCUGGUUAAUGAUACCCAGUGACUCUGCCAGGGGUUGAGUUACAUCUCCAGUAGCAAAGGGGUUAAGCUCAAUAUGUGCAGCGUUUCAAGUCAUUGAAGUGAUUAUGGUGUUUUUAAAAUAUAUAUCUAUAUGAUGACUAGUAAGGCUAAUCCAAUCUAAACACACAUUUAUAUUAAAUACAUUGUUAAACACAGAUCUGCACACACCAGUCAAGCCAUAAGACUUGCUUUUCUUACAGAAAUCUCAAAUUUUAAGUGAUGUUACUAAUGCAAGGGAUUCUGGGUGGGCAUAUGCAAAUGAGUUCAACAAAGAAUCACCUUUCUGCCCCAUUAUUCCAGUUUAAACAUUAAUUCCUUGGAGUUUGCUGCAUGCAACCGCUUUGAAACACGCGAAGCCUCAAUAGAAGCUGGUAACCAAAACUGAUGAUUUGCAUUAACAAUGAAACAGCUAUCCAUGAUUGGUUCACUGGCCUUGCACGUCUUCCAUAUAUAUAUAAUGCCAAAAUACCAGAGUAUUGCAGAAUGCAGUGAUGCCUGUUUUAUUGGACUAACCUAAUACUAAAAAGACAGGCUUCAAGAGUUUUCCUCUCUUCCUCAGGUCUGAAGCAAUACUGAUCAAUCUGAAAGUUAAACACUUAAAGGACCACUAUAGUGCCAGGAAAACAUAAUCGUUUUCCUGACCCCACCCUCAGGGUCCCACUCCCGCCAGGCUGAAUGGAGAGGAAGGGGUUAAUCACUUACCUUUUCUCCAGCGCCGGGCUCCCUCGACGCUGGAGACUUUCCUCCUCCUUUCCCCGUCAACAGCUGAAUGCGCAUUCUCAAUGCUUUCCUGUGGACGCUGGCGUCUUCUCACUGUGAAAAUCACAGUGAGAAGCGCGGAAGCGCCUCUAGCGGCUGUCAAUGAGACAGCCACUAGAGGCUGGAUUAACCCAUAGGUAAACAUAGCAGUUUCUCUAAAACUGCUAUGUUUACAGCAGAAAGGGUUAAUCCUAGGUGGACUUGGCACCCAGACCACUUCAUUAAGCUGAAGUGGUCUGGGUGCCUAUAGUGGUCCUUUAAAACAACUGAUGUUUGAGAAGGGGAGGAUGUGGUUUUUUUUUUUUUUUUUAAACAAACACCCUUCUGUUUUUGAGCAGUGGACAGCUGUUUUGGGGAUGUGAGAAAAUUGAGUGGUUUACUAGUUAUGGUAAUGUUUUGAUAAUGGUUUUUAUUUCACUUUCUCUUCUGCCAGUUUAAUAUUACUUCCCCUUCUUUCCCCAGCGGAAGAGCGAGAUUUUAUUGGGGUAGAUGACACAGGCAAAAGGAUCCUCUUACUUGCCAAUGAGGAAGACCUUGAUGACGGGUUGGAUGUUAAGAAAUGCAUUCUGCAGAGGUGCGUGUAUAAAUAGUUACAGGGAGCUGAGCUAUGACAAAGCCAAGCAUUCUCUCCCAGUUAUCACAUAUCUUUAUACUCCCAGAUUUUGUUGGUAGUUUGGAAUGUUAUGGUCAUCAGAGGGUUAAUGCUCAGCAGAAUGUGACCACCCCCAAACACACACACACUCCGCUGCUAGGAAACAUCACAACCUAUGCAGUAGACCUAUCAAUCAAUCAAUCAAUGUAAAGCCUGCUCAGUGUUACUAUACCUUUAUGUAUAAUAUGCUAGUAAUUUACAGGAAGGGGAAUAGGUUGGGUUAUAAUGCCAGAAGGAAUAUAUUUCUAACUGUAAUCCGUGUUCAUUAAUCUCUUACUUUAUUCUUAACUUGUCAUUAACAAUACCGUAGCUUUAUUUAAUUAUACAGCACUGCUGAAUGUGUUGGAGCUUUAUCAACGAUGAUAUGAACCAAUCAGUGUUGGUUUAUUAGCUGUAGGGUGCAAUGCCUUCACACGUCACACAGGUCAAACAUAGAGACCUUUCCUGAUCGCUGAAAGUGAGCAAGCUGCAGGCUGGAAGCUGGAACACACCUGCAUAUUCCUGAUUUUUGACCCUUGGACUAAUUGACCUAUGACCCCAGUCCAUCAUGGCAUCAGUGAAAGGCAAUCUCCCAGAUCCUUUGUAUAUUUAUGUGCAGGGGUCCAGUUUUAUGUCAGAGAGGGCAUACUUACAGAGCCACCCACAGACUCAAGGAUUAAACCAACGUGUAUUUUUAACAUUGUUUGGAUGGUGGGUUGUCAUCUGUUGUUUGGAAGAACAAGAAAAUGGAUCUGGCGAUGACGUCCCAGUGUUUGAAAUUUUAACAUUCUAGGGCUUAAAACUGACAGGAAAGGGGGUGUAACGAAUAUCUUCAUGGUUUGUUUCCAGGUGUGAAUGUCUGCGUUAUGAUCCAUUCACAAUCCCAUCAGUUAAAGUUCACUAAAUAGCGAAUUGUGAACUGAAUGGAACAUUCUCCCACUCGACUGUAGUCACAGCUUGUUUUAGCCUAAAUUCGAUUUUCAGUUUCGUAAUGUCCGUGAAUUGUAUAUACUUGCCAUAUUUGUGAGUGUGAUCAAUAUUUUGUCUUCAUUUUGCUAGUGCAAUGAAUAGAUCAAAACGGAGUCCCAGUCUGCAGAUCUAUUUAUUUACAUUUUAUAAAUAUUAUCGUGAUCAAAUAAUUUGUAAAUACAACGUAAAGUGAUUUAACGCUUAGAUUGCAGAGAAUUGAGCAGGAAAACUGCAGGGGCAUGAUCUAUACACCAAAACUGCUUAUUUAAGCUAAACUUGUUGUGAUCGUUUCUCUUUUUCUAAGUGAUGAGAUAGAGGGAGCCAGUAUGAGCUUGUUUUCGUUUGGCUUUUACGUGCGGCUGCUUUCCACUGGUAUCUCAUGUUUCUUUUUUUCAUUUAUUUCCAUCUUUUUCUCUUUUCGUUUUAUAGUUUAUAAUAUUAUUGAAUUUUUGGGUAUUGCUUUCUUCCCAAUGGUUUAUGUAUUAACAAGAGCCGUUCUGAUGUGUAUAAUAUUUUAAAAUGUUCCUAAACUACAAUAUUCUGCACCAAUGUAAUAUGAGCGCAUGGGUUUGUAUCACUGCUAUUUUAGGUGGUCUCAGCAUAGGUGGUUAAAACCCCUAUGAUAUUUGUAAAUGUUUUGCAGAAUUUACUUAACAUAUAUCAUAUUUUGUUUAAAAAAAUAAAUAAAAAUGUUCUCUCUGAGGUUAAGGACCACUGAUAUACCCAUAACUUUAUAACUACAUCUUCUUGUCAACCUUUGUUUAAGGUAGAAUAUGAUUAGCAGGUCCCUUUCCACAGUCUUAACUACUGUCUUAUUGUUAUUACUGGGACUUUUUUUGUCACUGUCAAAACCCCCCAAAAAACAGGCAAGGUAAAGUUGUAGGAAGUAAAUUUUCAAUUAAAUAGAGAGGAUAGCAAGGAGUCUGAGAAGAUGUUUAACACCAGUGUGUAACUUAGAUUUUAUGGAUGCCUGGGGAGAGGAGGGGGGGGGGUCUGAAUGAUGUAUGAUAAUAGUUAUUGAUGUGACCUCACAGAUCUGUAACUUAAAGGGUCAGUCUACGAAACCACAUCAGAUUUAGGGCAUUUAAAAGAAACAAACUGCUAACUUGUCUCACGCCACUCUGUUUCCUGUUUUAAUACAGAUAUCCUCGAGUUCACAUCCACAUGGGAAUGGUAGAUGCACAUCUGUAUUGCCUAAAGAAAUAUGUGGUGGACUUCCUGGUAGCCAAUGUGUACGUACCUGCAGCCAUUCAUUUAACACUUUUCUGCCUGGUAACCUUUAGCAAGCAAAGUUGUUAUAUCAGUUUUCAGAAAUGAGAAUCCCUAUUCUUAACAUUUUCCAUUCUCAUUUUAUUGUUGUAUCGGAUUUUAGAUUAACAUGUUUACACCAUUCUAUAUCGUUAAAUGCUGUUUCUGUGUGCAUUGUGUGUGUUUAGAUCUCAUUCUGUCCUUUGUUCCACUUUAUAAAAUUGUAUCCAAACUCUGUGCUUUCAACUGUGUUACAGUAAUUCACAAAGGGAGGAUACUGCACUUAGUGCUGGGGUUGGCAAAUCCCAGUUUAGUAGAUAAAAUAAAUUCAGUCAAGUUUCCCAAGAUUGCUGCAGAAUGGCAGGUUUAUUGUAGCAAAAACAGCAACGUUUCAGCCUACAUAGGCCUUUAUCAAGCUUGAUAUUAAAUUGUAUUGCAGUCUGGGUCUAGUGGGCAUCAUAUCUAUUGGGAAACAUUGUGAACCUUACCUUCCAUGGUUUUCAGGCAGGUGAUGGCUGUCUGAAAGUGGUAUUUACACAAGAGUUAAGGGAUAUAUCACUUAGAGCACUGCAAUUACAUACAUGGAUCUUUUUUUAAAAAUUCUUUUCAGUUCUAUCUCUUCCAUUCGCCGAGAGUUGGUGCCGUUUUUAGUACAAAAGCAGUUCUCAUCCCACGCCUUAUCUCCGAAGAAGUUAGAGCAUCUUGACAACAAGGAGACAAAGCCCCACGGUGAGAGAAUAAAUCAGCAGGUUUCUUCUUUAAUUGGGUAAAUGUUGCCAUUAAUUUACUAGUUUUACUCUGUCAAUUUAUUCUCCCCAAACCCACUUUCUCUCUAAUUAAAUCUGAAUCGUUUCCAUUCUUCUCUUAUUGUACCUGCAAUGUGACUAUAUGCAUCAAGUUAUAAAAUAUAGACCUUCCCUAUUCAAAGCACUAGCAUAUAAUGACGAUAAAUUGCUUGGUGGUAUAAGGGAAUACAAUGGAAUGGUAUGUGAUCAUGUAAUGGAUUGCACAGCCGCCCACUUGCCAGUGACUGGGUGCUUCUCAAACUCCCGAUGUGGCGACAGAGAGUGUUUCCCUGUGUGAUUCCAAGAUCUGUUUUCCAAGAAGAUAUAAACCUGUGGAGCACAUGUCGAUGGUUUUUUAUUUAGAUUAUUCUGACACUUCUUCAGGAAAUUUAUAAAAGUGUCAUUGAUAGAAUAGUGAGGCAGUGUUUUAGCUGAAGAACAAUCACUAUGGAAGCCGAUGCAAUGAGCAGCUUCAUUCCUUUCCUGAUGUGAUUGCUCUACCUGCCUACCUAUGUCUAAAUUAGAUCCCUUUGUACACCCUGCAGAGCUGCCAUCUCCUUUUGGCUAACCUUAGCUUCCAAGACCAGGCCUGUUCAGAGUGGCAUGGCUGUAGCUUCCAAGACCAGGUCUGUUCAGGGUGGCAUGGCUGUAGCUUCCAAGACCAGGCAUGUUCAUGGUGGCAUGGUUCUAGCUUCGAAGACCAGGCCUGUUCAUGGUGGCAUGGCUGUAGCUUCCAAGACCAGGCUUGUUCAUGGUGGCAUGGCUGUAGCUUCCAAGACCAAGCCUGUUCAUGGUGGCAUGGCUGUAGCUUCCAAGACCAGGCAUGCUCAUGGUGGCAUGGCUCUAGCUUCGAAGACCAGGCCUGUUCAGGGUGGCAUGGCUGUAGCUUCCAAGACCAGGCCUGUUCAGGGUGGCAUGGCUGCAGCUUCCAAGACCAGGCCUGUUCAGGGUGGCAUGGCUGCAGCUUCCAAGACCAGGCCUGUUCAUGGUGGCAUGGUUCUAGCUUCGAAGACCAGGCCUGUUCAUGGUGGCAUGGCUGUAGCUUCCAAGACCAGGCCUGUUCAUGGUGGCAUGGCUGUAGCUUCCAAGACCAGGCCUGUUCAGGGUGGCAUGGCUGUAGCUUCCAAGACCAGGCCUGUUGAGGGUGGCAUGGCUGUAGCUUCCAAGACCAGGCCUGUUCAUGGUGGCAUGGCUGUAGCUUCCAAGACCAGGCCUGUUCAGGGUGGCAUGGCUGUAGCUUCCAAGACCAGGCCUGUUGAGGGUGGCAUGGCUGUAGCUUCCAAGACCAGGCCUGUUCAGGGUGGCAUGGCUGUAGCUUCCAAGACCAGGCCUGUUCAUGGUGGCAUGGCUGUAGCUUCCAAGACCAGGCCUGUUCAUGGUGGCAUGGUUCUAGCUUCGAAGACCAGGCAUGUUCAUGGUGGCAUGGUUCUAGCUUCAAGACCAGGCCUGUUCAUGGUGGCAUGGCUGUAGCUUCCAAAACCAGGCCUGUUCAGGGUGGCAUGGCUGUAGCUUCCAAAACCAGGCCUGUUCAGGGUGGCAUGGCUGUAGCUUCCAAGACCAGGCCUGUUCAGGGUGGCAUGGCUGUAGCUUCCAAGACCAGGCCUGUUCAUGGUGGCAUGGUUCUAGCUUCGAAGACCAGGCCUGUUCAUGGUGGCAUGGUUCUAGCUUCGAAGACCAGGCAUGUUCAUGGUGGCAUGGUUCUAGCUUCAGGCCUGUUCAUGGUGGCAUGGCUGUAGCUUCCAAGACCAGGCCUGUUCAUGGUGGCAUGGCUGUAGCUUCCAAGACCAGGCCUGUUCAGGGUGGCAUGGCUGUAGCUUCCAAGACCAGGCCUGUUCAGGGUGGCAUGGCUGUAGCUUCCAAGACCAGGCCUGUUCAGGGUGGCAUGGCUGUAGCUUCCAAGACCAGGCCUGUUCAUGGUGGCAUGGCUGUAGCUUCCAAAACCAGACCUGUUCAGGGUGGCAUGACUGUAGCUUCCAAAACCAGGCCUGUUCAGGGUGGCAUGGCUGUAGCUUCCAAGACCAGGCCUGUUCAUGGUGGCAUGGCUGUAGCUUCCAAGACCAGGCCUGUUCAUGGUGGCAUGGUUCUAGCUUCGAAGACCAGGCAUGUUCAUGGUGGCAUGGUUCUAGCUUCGAAGACCAGGCCUGUUCAUGGUGGCAUGGCUGUAGCUUCCAAAACCAGGCCUGUUCAGGGUGGCAUGGCUGUAGCUUCCAAAACCAGGCCUGUUCAGGGUGGCAUGGCUGUAGCUUCCAAGACCAGGCCUGUUCAGGGUGGCAUGGCUGUAGCUUCCAAGACCAGGCCUGUUCAGGGUGGCAUGGCUGUAGGCCUUCACUUUACCUUGCUGAGAACUUGUCAGCUUUUUGUAUUUUUAUCUCUUUUCUGUGACAUAUAUAAUAUUCCUAUAGAUCCAUAUAAACCCCUAUUAUUCCAUGUCUGAAAACUGAGCGUGUUCUUUAAUAGUCCUCACAUUUGCUUUUUUGUUUGUUACUCUCGGGCAGAUAUUUACAGCUUUAUAACAGAAGAUAAUUUGAUGGACACAGCAUUGAGUAUGUCUUGCUGGAAUGACCACCGCGGGGACAUGCGUGAGCCAUACCAUGGAAGCAGAUUGCGGUGCUAUGUCCACGUGGCCAAAAACGAGCUGUGCUGCCGUGUGAAUAGUCUGGCUACGUAUAUUGAAGCAAACAGACAGGUGAGCCUCGCCCAAGGCAUUGAUUCGAUUAUGGAUAGUAAACAUUUAGGGAUUCUUUUUUACUAGUUUUGACGUCUCAAGCUCUCCACAUGUCACCAUUUAAUGAAUAAACCCCCACAGCCAAUACUAUUAGGGUUAUCCACUAAGGGGAAAAUUCUACAUAUAUUUCAAAUUGAAGGUUAAAAUAGCCGAACUGGAAUUACAGCUUCCUUGGAGAACUUCUCCAGUUUGGCUAUGUUGCCCUUAUAUUUGAAUUCUUGACAAUUCUCACUUUAGUAAAUAGCCCUGUUUCUUUUUCUUGUCAGGUUCCCCGACUGCUGUGCGCUGUCACCGAGGAUCCACGGAUACAUGCAUCUGCUGUCCUUACAGACAAACUAAUGGUGAGUUAGGGAAUAGGGAUGGGAAUAGCGUGCAACAAAGUGAUAUAUUAUGGGAUUUGUGAAUAUAGCAACCCAAAACCUAGUAACCGAUUAGCUUUCUGAGUUGCUGAAUAGUCUAUGCAGAUUAUUAAUCUGAGUGCCAUUCAGUAAUGGACAGCCUUGUGUCUACAGGUUGGUGUUGAUAGUAUGAUUGGCGCACAGACACAGAUAGGGGAGAAGACAUCUAUAAAGCACUCUCUGCUGGGCUCCAAUUGCUCCAUCCGAGAGAGAGUGAAAAUCACAAACUGCAUUAUCAUGAACGGAGUCACCGUGCACGAAGGGUGAGUACCUGGGUGUUAAAUGCAAUGUUUCCUUUCACCACUAGGUGGAGUAACAAACCACGAGGAUUAGUUUUGUGUAUGUCCUUUGCGUAGUAAUAAAUUGUCUAAUUUUAUCAGUUUCUACAAAAAUCUAAUUAAGUUUACACUGUGUCUGCAAAUCUCAAAUAACCAUGUCUGUCUGCAAAUCUCAUGUAACAAUGAAUGUCUGCUUCUAUAGACAAACCACCAAUCUCAUGUUAAAUGCAGAUCUAUGGAUAUAUAUGUGCCUUUAUACAGAUAACUUAGACGCACUGAUUAUUAUAAAUCUAUAGAUACUAAAAGUUAUCUGUAUAAAGACACUGGCAUAUAUAGUAUCUGUAGAUCAAUAUCAUUUAGCAGUGUGUCUAAUGCCUUGUUUCCACUGAGCGGAACGGUUCGGGUCGGUACGGUUUGGUACGCUAUUUUGAGUGUUUCCAUUAUAGAAGUGGCCCAUAGAACCGAACCAAGCCGCACCAUUCCUCGGCCCUCUUCAGUUGUAGAACCAUAGGAAAUGGUACGGGUUAGGGCGGAGCUAUUGGCAUCACACGAUACAUUCCAUUGAUUGGCGGACAGAAAAACAUCACUGCUCACGUCAACGGCAAGCGCGAAACAAACACCACGCCGCCGUUCAGUCCAGAUAAUAGGAGAAGGAUGCCUGCAAGCACCAGCAAGGUCUGGUCGGCUCUGGAACUAUCCACUUUCCUAAUUGCUGCUGGAUGACCUCCAUUGUUGUUCUUCGUAGCGUCACGUUUGUGGUCAUCGCACUAGUAUGAUACCACACUAGGCAAUUGGUCUAAACCCCGCAAGCCCCCUGGCGUUCAGACUUGUGGUGGAAACGCUCACCUGAAUAGGCUGGACCAUUCUAACCCUUUCCGAAACGUACCGCUGUGUGGAAAUGAAGCAAAAGUUAUCUGUAUAAAGACGCUGACAUAUAGACACACUGCGGAUUAAUACAGCUCUAUAGAUAUAUAUGUCCAUACACACAUAUUUACAUUAUACACUCUCCUGUUUAUAUUUAAUUGUUGAACAUUUCUUUAUUAGUAUCUUCAUUUUGGGACAGUUACAUAGGUUAUGAUACAGCCAUCAGUGAGUAAAGUGAUUAUAUAAUCAGCACAUACAUUCCCUGUUCAUUUGAUAUAGAUAUUAUAUAGCAUAUGCUGUAUUACUUAUAUAAUAUACCUGAAAUACACAGUCCUGUUCAUAUAAUAGAUAUUACUCACUAUCCUGUUUAUGCAAUAUAGCGGUUAUACAUUGAACCUUUCACAUAAUGUACACUUACUAUACGCUUCAUUCACAGAGUGCAGAUAUCCUAUAUUAUAUACUGUCAUACACUGCCCAGUUCAUAUAGUAUUGACAUACAAUACUCUGCUCUUUUCACAGAAAACAGGUAUAUAAAACACUGUCCUGAUUAUGUCAAAAUUGUUAUACACUUUCCUGUUUAUAUAAUAUAGAAAUAUUAUGCACGGCUUUAUUUGUAGAAUAUAUAUACUACACACUGCCCUGUUUAUAUCAUUUUAUACAUUGCUCUCUUUAUACAAUUUAGAUGUAUACUGCUCUUCAUUAAUUAUAGAUAUAUUUUUUGUAUAUGGAUAGAAUGUAUCACUGGAUUCCUGUUUAUGUAAUAUAGAUGUACAUAUAUAUGGAUGUUUAUUUUGUGCUGUGGUGGUCUCUCUCUCUGUGUCAUCGCUCCCUGUUCCCUUUCCAUGCCCAGGUUUGACCUCCCUGAUCACUCUGGGGUCUGUGUCCUGUGCUCUUUGGGAUUACUUUGUUUACAAGUAGUGUGUGCGUGGGGGCAAGGGGGGCCUGGCCCGUGCUGAUACCAGAGGUGUUUCAUUCUGUUCUCGUUAGGUGGUCCGGCUGUCUUAACACAUAGAUCUGUGUAAUCUUCUCUGUGCCCCCCUUCCUCUCCCCACAGCAUCUUACAAUGCUUAUAAUUCCUCUUUUCUUUCUUGUCCCCCUGGCGUCACCCCCCAGCAUGGACACACACAUACAUGGUGCCCCUCCCCCAGCUUUAUCUAAAAAGAUCUCUGUCCCCCACCACACCCUCCAUUCUGUCUUCCCUGCUAGGUAAUCAGUGCCAAAGCUCUACAAACAAGAUUCUAAACUAUUUCUCCCCAGCUAAUUACCUAAAUGCUUCCUUCUGCUUUUGUCUUCACUGUCAAGACCAUUCAACCAUUUUCAAUGUCAGGAUAGUAACGAUUGAAGUGAACCUAAUAAACGUCAGGUUCUGUGCUCUGAAUUAGUUUGUGCACUUGGGGUUUUAUUCACUAAACAAUAAGCUACAGCAACUUAACGGUUAUUUUCCAAAAAGCAUGCACAAAUAACCAACUGGGGGGGGGGGGGAGAAUCUCUUAAAUCAGCCAACUGUUUCCUUUUAAAUUUAGUAAUUUGUUUUUCAAAUUACCAUAACUCAUAACUUAAUUAAAAUAAAUGGAAUAUCUCUAAUAUGUCUAGAGUAACAACUAACUGGAAAUCAUUUCAUGGGUUCUAGAAAUCUACUGACAAGGGUUAAUGAGUAGAACUCCUUUAACUCUCAGCAUUUCUGGCAUUGACAUUGAUUUAUGUCUUUUAAUUAAGGGUUUGCCAUGGUUCCUAAAUUAUUCGUUCUGGGACCAAACUUUGUGUAUAUUAUGCAGUUUUUUUUAUGAUUGUACAUCUACUUGAUUCCUAGAAAAUCUAAAUUCUGAUGCACAAUAACAUUUUGUCUGUAUGUGAUUAGUCUUACUAUUUGCAUGCCGUACAUAUCUUUGCACCAGCCAAAUAGUAUUUAUAUAGCGCCAAUGUAUUCCGCAGCACUUUACAAAUAAGGACAUGGGCUGAAAUAAAGGAUUCUCUAAUCAUUAACCAUCUCUUCCUUUCGCAUAGACGGAUAUACUUCUGUUUGUUAGAUUGAGCUGCUGUUUGAAAACGCACUUCUCAUGUUUAAGUAGGAAAAAAGCUGUCUUGUAAGUAGAAGUGGAAAGCUGGAAUUGGCGUGCUCCCACAGGGGAUCUAAUGAGGGUGAUUUACAAACUAAUUGUAAAGAAUUUUCAAGAAAAGUACAAAUUUUAUGCCAAGAUAGCUGAGUUCUAACUGUAUUUCCUGUUUGAACUUUUUUUUUACACCAAAUUUUGUAUUUUAUAUAUAAAUAUUUUAUAUUUGCAAUUCCUUGUAAUCUAAUCUCCCAGCAGCACCCGUCUAGUCUAUUCUCUCGAUAUCUGAGCAUCUCCAUCUACUUCUUAUACUCUCAGGUCUCAACAGCGGGGAGCAGCCUGUCUCAGCAGCCGUCUGCCUUCCUUUUCCAGGAUAUUUUUAUAUCCAGCGUUGUUUAAUAGAUACAUAAAUACAUUCACGGGCAAAAAACCACAUUUUGUACCUUCCUCUCUCAGCGCCUGGCAUGUUCCUCUCUCAGCGCCUGGCAUGUUCCUGUCUCUAAGCACCUAAAAACCUCCCUCAGUCAGUAUCUACACCCGAUCUCUCAGCACAACUUACCUCCCUCUUUUAGGUUCCCCAGAACUAAUAUGUGUCCAUUUUGGAAUCAAGAAGGAUUUUUUUUAUGGUAAAUUUUGUUACAAAAUUGAAAAUUCUGUCAAAUUGGAAUAAACAGCAGAGAUGUGUGAAUGGCUCAAGAUUACAAUGUUAAUACAUUUCCUAUAUUUUUUCCUGUAUUUCUUCUGGCUAUUCUUGAAAGAUACAGUGUGACUGAAGUAUAGACGGUCCGUGUACUGUUUGUGCUGCGGUUUCCUGGGAUAUUUUACCGGCUUAGACUGUUUCUAUUCUCUUACUUUGCCCCAUUAUCACCAAACCUUUAUUAAUCCUUGCUGUGUCCCAUAUUUUCCUUUCUUUCUAUCUUCCUUUAUACCUGAUGUCUCACCUUCUUCUCACUGUUUAAUAAAUGUAUUUAUCAUUUCUCUCAAACUCUCCCCACAACCUAUCUUAUUUCCUACAUCCCUGCAUCACUCCCACCAUGCACCCUAUCGAAUCUCACACACUAUUCCCUGUUUCCUCUGCAGUUGCUCCCUCCAGGGCAGUGUGAUCUGUAACAAUGUGGUAAUAGAAAGCGCGGCUGAUAUUAAAGACUGCUUACUGGGCCCAGACCUGCGCGUCAGCAGUAAAGGUAAGUGCUGACCAGUAACGGUAUUAACUGAACCAGGGAUUGUAGGGGACAUCACAUUUUACGUCAAAAUAGUGGGAGAAUUUUUAUUAUGUUGUUAGUUCCUGGUUUUGGGAAUAAGCUGGUUGUGAUUAUUUGGAAAGAGCCAGACACUAAUAUAAAAAAAAAAAAAAGUUUAAUGUGAUGUGUGGGGUUUAGGCAUUAUCACAGUAUGGCGUCACUAGAGGGAGCGUUGUUAAAGUGAUUGCGCGCAUUGUUAGAGGGAUUGCAGUGUUAGAGGAAAAGUGGCAUUAUUGGAAAGAUUGCAGUGUUGUUAAAGUGAUCGUGGCAUUAUUGGAGGGAUCGUGGCAUUAUUGGAGGGACUAGACAGUUGUUGGAGGGAUCGUGGCAUUAUUGGAGGGAUUAGACAGUUGUUGGAGGGAUCGUGGCAUUAUUGGAGGGAUUAGACAGUUGUUGGAGGGAUCGUGGCAUUAUUGGAGGGAUUAGAGCGUUGUUGGAGGAAUCGUGGCAUUAUUGGAGGGAUUAGAGCGUUGUUGGAGGGAGAGUGGCAUUAUUGGAGGGAUUAGAGCAUUGUUGGAAGGAGAGUUGCAUUAUUGGAGGUAUUAGAGCGUUGUUAGAAGCAGAGUUGCAUUAUUGGAGGUAUUAGAGCGUUGUUGGAAGGAGAGUUGCAUUAUUGGAGGUAUUAGAGCAUUGUUGGAAAGAGAGUUGCAUUAUUGGAGGUAUUAGAGCGUUGUUGGAAGGAGAGUUGCAUUAUUGGAGGUAUUAGAGCGUUGUUGGAAGGAGAGUUGCAUUAUUGGAGGUAUUAGAGCGUUGUUGGAAGGAGAGUGACAGUAUUUGAGGGAUUAGAGCGUUGUUGGAAGGAAUUUGGCAUUAUUGGAGGGAUUAGAGCGUUAAUGUCUGCGUGUUUACACUGAACCCAAACAAUCAUGCCUGCGUGUGGGGAGCAGGGAAGCUCCUAUGACCGAGUUAGGAGCGAUUACAAGGUCUAAGCGCAGAUAAAAUCAUUUACUCUUGUCUUGGUUUCCACAGCAGAGGAUUCUGCAUGAAUGCAUUCAAACCAAGUGCUUUUCUGCUAUAAAGCAUCGUGUUAAUACAUGCUUGCAUCAUUGUAAGUGUCUGUCUAAAGAUUUGUGUCAACACAGUCCAACUACUUUCUUUAGUGAGUUGGAAGACCACCCCAGAGUGUAGACUCAACAGUCUUCCAGAGGUCAAGUUCAGAUGAUCUCCCUUUACAGGUGCAGCGGGGACAAGCAUGAGAGAGCCAAUAAAACCGGUUUAAUGUUCAGACCUACAGCCAGUGACUGAUAUUCAUUUUACAUUUAGUGUUUUUCAGCCAGAUUAAGAAAUACGUCUUUAGCAAAGAUACAGGUCCCUCUCCUGGACUCAUCAGUAAUUACGGAGGAUUGUUCAUUUUUAAAUUUCUGUCUGGUGUUCUGUGCUUCAACAAUUUUCUAAUGAUUAUAAAAUUAAUAAAAUAUGCUAGCUGCAGCUUAAAAAUCCCUCUGUGCUCUAGAACCAAUGACGCGACUGUGCUCUAGAGCUAAUGGAGUGGCUGUGCUCUAGAACCAAUGUAGCUGCUGUGCGCACUAGAACCAAUGUAGCUGCUGGGCUGGCUAUCCUUCUCUGGUUCCCAGAGUCAGUUGCAAUAUGACUUUGGAUUGGUGUUAUCUAGACAAUUACACGAGACAGAACUUUGGAUGCUAGGUUGAAAGCCUGUUAUUGUCAGGUGACUUAAAAAAAACAAUUUCACUCAAACGGAAGGAUGCACCCAAAGACUCAGAUUUCCCCAUAACCACUACAUAGCAGUUAUUGAGCAUAGAGUACCCCCUUAUGUAAGCUGCAUGCUCAUUAAAAUUAAAACAAAAAAUAUAUCAAAUUAACUCUAUUUCAGAUCCUUAUGCAUCUUUAAAUAGCAGAUUUUGUACCAGAGCAAUGGCCGUUAAAGUGUAAGCUUAUCUGCCAACGUCAACGCAAACCUCUUUAGUCCUACAAUAACAGUUCACCGUGCUACUAUCAGUUAAAAUGUAAAGCCUAGUAAGGGUUAAUUGGUGUGUAGGGAUUCAUAAGAACACCCUUUUAUUUCUAAUAUAUCCUUUUAGCUGAGAGCUCCCAAGGUGAGGUUUGCUGUGACGUGGCAGCUGAGCUUACAAUUUUUUGGCCAUUGCAGUGGUACUAAAACCUCUCUUAUAUAAAUGCACAUAGGGAUCUAGGAUGGUCCGUGGGUUACUUUUGCUGGCUUUAUUUUAUAUGUUUGGUCUGAUGAAUACUGUAGCCAUUGCUGCAGCCCAAGAGUAAUGGGAGUUAAAGAGCCAGGCUUAUUUCUGUGUGUUUAAAAUUAUUAGAAAUAUUGAUUUUAUAAUGAGCAGCAUCACUGCCAUGGAUAAUCAGUAAAUAAUUCAGAGGGUGGGGUUACUUUUUAAACAAGUUAUGGGGUCAGGUAAAUUCCUUUGUGUGACCAGAUGGCCCCUUCAGAAAGUUUCCCUGUUACACAUUUAUGACAUGAGGGCAUUUUAUAAAGUAGGGGCAGCCAAAAUGUAGCUCCCCAGCUAAUGCUUUGCCAUUUUGUAAAGGGUUACUUCAAGCACCAUCGAUACUUUAGAGAUUUAAAGUGGUGAUGGUAACUGGAGUUUUGCAAUGAAAUGCUGCGUUUAACACCUGACAGCAUCAUUAGGAGCACGCGUUCCGAGCAUGUCAUUAAUCUUUGCUCUGUGCCAACAAUACGUACCAGAAAAUAUGUCAAUACAAUUUUAUUUCUAUUUAUUUAAAAUAAUUGAUAUGUAGGAGCACCCAGUAGAUAGGGGUCCACUUUAAGGUGCAAUGGAAAAAGCAUGGCUGCAGUGAAGCACGAAACCACACUGGCCUAUCGAGUGGGAGGGUUCUUUCUAUACCUCAUUGUGUUUAUUUUCUUUCUUUUUUUUUUUUCUCUUUAGCAAAACGUUUCAAUGAGAUCAUUAUGGGCACGGAGCAACUGAUGGAGAUUUAACAUUGUCUGCAAAGGGGCCAGUCCUGCGCCAUGUCUCUCUCCCUCCCCGGCUUAUUUAUACGAGAAUAAAAGAUGUGGAGCUUUGUAUCAGAGCUGUGUUUGUGGGGGCUGGAGGGGACUGAAGCCUGCACUGGGUUUCUCACUAAAAUUGCUUUUUUAUUAAAUACAGAUAAGGAUCUGAUUCUUAUUUCAGUCAUUCACAGAUUUUAUGUUAGAAUAUCAUAAGGAAGCGAGUCACAUGAAGACCAUAAUUCUGCAAACUUUGUAUUGGCUGUAUUCACUAGCGGCACAAUGCCAAAUGUCCUCCAUCUCUGGUGCCAUCCCAGCCCACCCUUGAGCUAUCCCUGAACCAGUGCGAUAAAAAGCUGAAUUUCCAAGAUUUUUAACUCGACCUGAAACUUGGCUACAAAAUAUAUUAUAUCAUCAUUUCACACCGUCGGCACUAUAUAUGGUGGCAACGUCUGCAAGAACGAUAUCCUAAAGUGGUGAUUGUGUCAAUGCUAUGCCAUCACAGCAGAGCUGGAAUAUACACAAACGCCCCAGCACACCCUAUGCAGUCCUUAUUUAGAAACAAAAUAAAGUGACCACUUUUCAGCUCAUAUGUGAGCUUUUGCCAAGUCUAAUGUAUUAAAGCGGCACUGUCAUGGCAGAAUCCCGUUUUUUUUGUUUUGUUGUUUUUUUUUGUUUUUUUUUUAACCCCCUCUCCCGACUCCACUACAUCUAACUGACCCACUAGUUAUCCCCAAAUGCCCCUAAGCCCCCCACAUUACCUAUUUUUUUAUCUUUAUUUUCUGCCCCGAUCUAUAUUCAGGGCAGUGGCGUACACAUGACCCAUGGGGCCCCGGUGCGAAACUUGAUCCAUGGCCCCCCGCCCCCCCAGCGCGCGGGCCGGGCCGCAACACAUGGCGGUGGGCACCUGGUCGCAGGGGUUACAGGGCUGCGACCGCGGUAUGUACGCCAGUGCAUGCAGAUGCACACACACUUAAAG